CUCAAAUAACUGAUUUCUCAAAAACUUUCUCGACAAUAUUAUACCGUCCAUGGACGAUAAUCGGCUUGUUCAAGUGGAUGACUGCAGAAGGUCGGGCCCUCAUAAGAGUAAACAAUCUUUGCAAAUAUGUCGUCGGGUAUGGAUUUGCCAUAGCAAGAGAAAAUAUUUCUAACAUUGAUAUCAAUGGAAGAUCACUUUUAGCUUUACUUCACCCGGAAAAGAAACUUUGGUUCCCAUCUACCGAGAAGGACUUGUAUGACGGAGUAAUGACCCUACUUUCAGCCGGUAUGGAGACUUCAUCUGCUACAAUAGGUUACCUGCUAACUCUGCUCGGCCUGCAUCCAGAAUGGCAAGAGAAGGCACAGCGUGAGCUGGACGAUGUUUUCGGGACCGGAGGCGACUACCUGAGGCCAGUCACUACUUCAGACCUCGCCCAGCUUACAGUACUCGACGCCAUCGUAAAGGAGACGCUGCGGCUGUUCUCGACAGUGCCUUGCAUUCCAUACCUGGCGACUGAGGACAUCCCCCUGGCAGGGGGUCGGUAUGUGGCACCUCGUGGCAGCACUGUAAUGGUGGCUUAUUACCUGUUGCACCGCCAACCCGAGCUGUUUCCAGACCCGUACAAGUUCGACCCUGGUCGAUUCCUGGAGGGCGGCAACGCGACAUCCAGGAAACCCUACAGCUACGUGCCUUUUGGCACCUUGGAGACUCAUAGAGUGGUGAGAUUUUUGGUGAGAGGUAGCACCGAGGAGGCUGUCUUUUCGAUGGCAGAGGCCAUCAAUGGCCUGUUAGCAUACACCUGA